AUGGCGGAAUCUCUGGCAAAAUAUGGAUUAUUCAUUGACGACUUGUGUAAAAUCCGUAUCCUCGAGCCUGAGAUAACAACUCAGAGUGACAAAUUAAAAAAUGAAUGUCAUGAUUUUGUCAAUAAAAUAACAGAGUUUAAAAAAAAUUCAGAGCACUUUAUAAAUUUGCUAGACAAACUAGCGACAGAAGUUGAGAAAGAAAAAAUGCGAACUAUUGGCGCGAGAAAUUUACUGAGCUCUGUUGAGAAACAACGUGAAGUACAAAAACAAAAAAUUCAGGCAAUGAUAAUUGAAAAAACAAUGGAGUUGGAGCGGCUACGAGUUCAGUAUGACUCGGUAAAAAAAAUAGAACUCGAGCAACUAGAAACAAUUGAACAUUUGACUAUUAAUUAA